AUGAAAGCAAGAUGAUUUUCUCUCUUUUGUUUGCUCUCAGUGCCCAGUGUCACAGGCCAUACUGCAGAUGUCGUUACCCAGACAGAAGUGGUCCAUGCUACUGAUGUGACCCUGGCAUGCGUGUUCCCAAAACUGCACAGCACCCACAUCAUACAGACACAGUGGUCCAAGACUGACGGCAGCCCCUCUACCAAAAUAGCUGUAUAUCACCCCUCCUAUGGCAGCCAUUACUUUGAGUUUUCUGAGGCUCCUUACAACUUUUCAGUGUCCUUCAGCACAAGGAGGUGCUGCGGUGUGGAUGGCGCAGGAUCCUUGUGUUCCACCAAUCUAAAUGCCAUGUCUGAAUGCAAUUGGUGGGUGCUACAUCUGGAAAAUAUUACUGUGUCCCUUACUGGGCAGUACAAAUGCACUUUUGCUACUUACCCAUAUGGGACAAAGGCCACAAAAAUUCAACUUACUGUCAAGGCAGAAGAGAAGAGGCACUACCUGAAGAAAGUGUGGUUAAAGCAGACUUUAGAAAUUCCAUGCCUUGAGGAUGCGACCUCAGAAAAUUUGUCCAUUUAUCCCUUGAAAUGGCUAGUUGAUGAAAAUGGGAGGAAAGAGGACCUUGUGACCAAGGAGCCCUCCUGUCCUGCUGUGUACAGGAACAGCAGCGUGCUGUACGGGCAAAGAGUCCUCCUGGGUUUGAACAACACUCUAAAGGUAUUCCCCACCAAAAUCACUGAUGAUGGCAGAGUCUUUUCCUGCCACAUGCUGUACCACCCAAAGAGAGUCCAGAAGAGCAGCACCACUGUGAGAGUCUUUGCUUACCCUGAGAUCCUCAUUAGCCUGGAGGAGGGCUCAGCCAAUGCCUCGCAGAAGCCUAAUGUGAGCUGUGUCAUGAGGAAGGCAUUUCCCAAGCCAAGCCUCCUGUGGUACAUGGACAGAGCGAGCCUGACAGAGCAGCCUGGAGAAAUUUCUGUGGUACAAGAAGACUUGCAAGACAGUGAAGGUUUCUAUGAGUUGAGAUCAACACUGAUGCUGCAAGGGACCCAUAAGACACAUAAGACAUUCUCAUGUGUGCGUCUGUUUCCCUUCCUGGGAAAUGAAACAAGGAAUAUUUCAUCAGAAGAAAUAUUUGUUUCCUUCAACAAUAAGUCUAAUGAAGCCUCAGCUGAAGUUUCUACUAGCACUGUUUCAGAUGAGAACCAGUCGACAUCUGUGGCCUCUCUGGAUUUCAGAAGUCAAGCAAAUUUGACUCCUGCUUCCACAACACAAGCAGGAGCACUGACUUCUACCACAGAGGCAAAAAGCUAUACCAGUGCCACAGCAUCCAGUGAGACUUUGACAACAGCACGUAACCUGUCCUACAGCAUGACAGACCAGACAAUUUCAGUUACCAGAGGAAAAGAUUUCCUUCCUAGAAGCAGCCUGCUAAACAGUACUGGUGACGGGAGGAAUACCAAAGCCAGUCACUUCCCCUGGCCAACAGUGGUAGCCGUCCUGCUCCUCUUCUGCAGCACUCUGGUAGCUUUCGGCAUCAGGAAAUGGUGUCAGUACCAAAAAGAGAUUAUGAACAGACCUCCAUCUUUCAAGCCACCACCACCUCCAAUAAAGUACACCUCCAUGGUAGAGUCUGAUGGGACUCCCCCAUCCUGCCACGAACUGGAAAACCUGUAACACCACCUGCACCCCUUGUGUAGCACACAGAAGACUGAUACGGUUAAAAGGCUCUGCCUUUAGAACAAUGGUUACAGGAGCUUGGUGUAAUGACCCAUAUUAAAAUUCAGAGCUCCUACAUGUCAUUAAUUUUA